CCGACGCUGCGUCUCAGCAUUCAGUCAAGCUUCUGCCACAGACUAGCCAACAUCACCCCGCACAAUGGCUCCAAAGAACGAAAAUCUUGCCGCCCUGGUGUACGGUCCGAACGAUUUGCGCCUGGAACCACGCCCGAUCCCGGAACCGGCCUUCAACGAAGUAGUAGUCGAGGUGGACUGCUGCGGAAUUUGUGGAACCGAUAUUCACUUCCUGAAGGACGGUGGUUUUGGAGCACAGAGAUUGAUCAAACCGAUCGUGCUGGGACACGAAUCAGCCGGCGUGGUCCGGAAGGUCGGUAGUCAGGUUACACAUUUGAAGGUGGGAGAUCGUGUCGCAAUCGAACCGGCCGCUGGAUGUCGUACGUGCGAUCUGUGCAAGGUCGGUAAGUACAAUAUCUGUCUGGACGGCAAGCAUUGUACGACGCAGAAGCACGACGGGAAUUGCUCCAAUUAUUACGCCCAGUAUGCGGAUUGUUGUUUCAAGUUGCCGGACCACGUUUCGAUGGAAGAAGGAGCCCUGCUGGAACCGCUGGCAGUAGCUGUAUACGCUGGACGCAGGGCACAGAUUGGAUUGGGGAAUAAGGUAGUGAUUUUUGGUGCUGGUCCUAUUGGCCUGGUAUGUUUGAUUGCCGCUAAAGCAAUGGGAGCCACAAGGACGGUUAUUUUGGACCUGGAUCAUGCCAAGCAUCGACUGGAAGUGGCCAAGAAGCUGGGUGUGACUGGAGUGAUUGGUAUCAAGAAGGACGACCAGGAAGACGAUUUAGUGCGAAAGAUUCAUGAAGUGUUGGGCGGACCGGCCGAUCGAGUACUGGAGUGCACCGGUUCGCAGCCUGGAAUGAGAAUCGCGAUCAAGGCUACCAGAAAUGCCGGCCGAAUCUGUUUGGUUGGAUUGGGUAACAAGGACGUUCAGCUGCCGAUGGUGGAUGCCAUUUCGAGGGAGAUCGACAUCACUACUUGUAUGCGGUACAAUCACGACUAUCCAGCAGCUCUGGAGAUAGUGGCUUCCGGGUACGUAGACGUAAAGCCCUUAGUAUCCCAUCACUAUGAUCUGGCGAACGUGCACGAGGCAUUCCGAGUCGCCAGUCAGGGUGAAGGCAUCAAAAUCAUGAUCCAUUUGGUUCCCAGAGACACAAACAAUGUCAAAAAAUUCGUCAACUAGUGUGUCCAUUUCUUUCAAAAUAAAGUUUAGUAAAUUACUAGUUAAGUAUAUUACAAAGAAAUAUAAUGAAAAAUAUAACUAAAACUCCCACCCCCGAUACUCCUUAACAA